GUCAAAGGAGACAUGGUUGAGCAGAAAAUGUUCUGACAAAUGAGAGAUUUCAACAAUUUCUAACAACAUUACUCAGAAUAUGUCGCUAUAAGUUAUUAAGUGCAGAUAGAUGAGAAAAACAGUGCCAGUUUUAGUCAUUUAACAUGCCAUUUUCAAAAUGAAACAAUGCUGAGAAUUUUGAAAUUGUUUAUAAAGGCAUUCUAGAAUUCAUGCCAAACACAAAAACUCUGAGUGGAGACAGCAUUUCAAUUUAUUUUAUUGAGUUAUUUAUUCGUUUGUUGAAUAAUUUAGUGAAACCAGCUUCACACCAAACUCAGAGACAUCCACAUUUAAGCAAAAUCGAGAUAACCAAACUUUUGUGAAGUAACUCCACUCUUCUGUUUAAUGAAGUAAACACUUUGGAGUUUCUGAGGAAACAUCCAUGUAAUUUUGCUGCAGUACUGUCCAAUAUGCCUUAUAACACAAUUCAGAGCAGGGUGUAACGCUCAGUGCUGUUGUUUUAUGAUAACUGGUUCAAUAUUUAGCAAAUAUGAUUGAAAACUGAGAUCACAACAGUGUGGUAGAUUACCAAUGGUUUAACAAGACAUCCAUAAUAUAUGGUUCUCUUUUGUGUCUGUUUCACUUUCAGUCUUCUGGGACAAGAUAAAGAUGUACUUUCAAAGUUCAUCCUCAUCUUCAUCCUCAUCCUCAUCCUCGCCCUGCGACAGACUGGCGACCUGUCCAAGGUGUCCCCCGCCUUCGCCCGAGUCAGCUGGGAUAGGCUCCAGCACCCACCGCGACCCUAGUGAGAAUGAAGCGGUGUAUAGAGGAUGCAUGGAUGGAUCCUCAUCCUCAUCCUCAUCCUCAUCUUCCUCCGAGGGGAGUACCACAUGGCAGCGUUUGGAAUUCACAACAGGCUACACGGUGGUGAAAGAACUGAGAGCUGGAGGCUUUGGAAGAGUGUUGGAAUGUGUGAAAAACAACACUGAAGAGCACGUGGCUAUAAAGGUGCCCAUACGGCACAAUCUAGACCAUGAGGCGGACAUCCUGAAAAAGCUCAUGAGCCACAACUCGAAGGAGUCCAACAUCAUUGAGUACAAAGGAGACUUCUUCAUAGACAAUAAGCGGCUCCUGGUGCUUGAAAAGUUGGACAUCGACCUGUGGGACUAUGUGGAGAGUUUACCACAGCCAAUGCGACUGGAAGACGUCCGCACAGUUAUUCAGCAGGUGGCUGUAGCUUUGAAUGCAGCAAAGAGUGCUGGCAUAAUCCACGGUGAUGUGAAGGAGGAUAACAUCAUGAUGGUGGAUCACGUGAAGCAGCCCUUCAGAGUCAAGCUCAUUGACUUUGGUAUGGCCAAGUACAGGUCGGAAGCCAAAGCAGGAGAGCUAUUCCAAGUACUUGAAUAUAGAGCUCCAGAAAUCACCCUGGGCCUGCCGUAUUCAGAGGCCAUCGACGUUUGGUCCUUAGGCUGCGUGAUGGCCGGGAUGAUGACUGAAGAUAGUCUCUUCGGAUCAGAAUCGGACUCAGACUCGGAAUACUGGAAACUCCGACGCAUGAUCCGUCUGCUGGGUCCGCCACCGCAACAUCUCAUCGACGCUGGCCGGAGAUCACGAUUUUUUUUUCAGAAAACGUCUAAUGGUUUGUGGCGGCUGAAGACACCUGUUGAGUAUUUUGUGGCCCAUGUCAUCUACUCCGACCCCACAGUUUACGAGUUCGGCUCUCUGGAUGAAAUGAAAACGGUGUCCUCUGAGACGGACAACCCAGCAGAGGCCGAUGAGAGGAGGGAGUGCAUCGAGCUGUUGAAGGCGAUGCUUCGGUGGGAUGAGGACGACAGAAUCACCCCCAGUGGUAUCCUCAACCAUCCCUUCAUCACCAAAAGCUACCUCAACAGCAGCUCCCCCACCAGCAGUUGCGAUGAACCGAGACCCUCCACCAGCAAAUUCAUCAUGGUUAAGCCUGCAGAUCCUGAAAACAGAAUUAACCUGACAGGCUUGCCUGAUGAGGACAAAGACCUGAAGAGCAGUGAGCAUGAAGACAGUGACAAUGCUGACACUGCUGAAGACACUGACGACAGCGAGGAUAGCAAUGAUGAUGAAGACACCGAGGUCAGUGAGAAGGAACAGAGGAAGACGAAGAAGAAGAAGAACUGCUUCCAACGCGUCUUCUCUUGGAUAAAGAAGACGUUCUGCUGCUGCUGUGCGUCCGAUGUGAUGAACUGAGCAGCACUGUCAAGUGUCUUUCACUGUCACCCUCACCCCAACCGGUCGAGGCAGAUGGCCGCCCUGUCUGAGCCUGGUUCUGCUGGAGGGUUCUUCCUGAAAAAGGGAGUUUUACCUCCCCACUGUCGCCAAGUGCUUGCUCAGACAGGGAAUCCAAAGGAAACUUUGGAUUUGUUGGAUUUCUUUCUAUAGUUUUGUCUUUACUUUCCUCAUUGAAGUGUCUUGAGAUGACACAUUUGAACUGGAAAAUAAAAUGUAUUGAAAAUGAAUUGAAAGGUUUACCCAAAAAGUGUCUGGAUUUUGGUCACAUGGUUGUUGCUCACAACUGCCCUGAGUCAGUCAUGGCUUCUCAGUUGCCGUGCAGAGCAGAGAAUCUUUGGCUUUCUUUUUUACAAUUUCCAUCGUUAUUUUUGGUGAAUUUUUAAAUUUGACAUUUUAAAUAAAGUGACUACA